UGCUGUAGUUCCCGGCGGGAUCCUGAGAGCUUAGUACUUACCUGGGCCGGCCGCAGCUCCGCUUGGAGGAAGAGUAUUAGAUCCCCGGUGCUCGGGCAGUGCUUUCGUUCCCGUGAGAGCGGAGGGAGAGCGCUGCCAUGGCGACUCCAGCUCAGCCCAAGAAAAUCGUGGCGCCUACGGUGUCCCAGAUCAACGCGGAGUUCGUGACCCAGUUAGCAUGUAAAUACUGGGCUCCUCAUAUCAAGAAAAAAUCACCUUUUGAUAUAAAGGUCAUUGAAGAAAUAUAUGAGAAGGAGAUUGUCAAAUCAAGGUUUGCCAUCAGAAAAAUCAUGCUUUUGGAAUUUAGCCAGUACCUUGAAAAUUAUCUCUGGAUGAAUUACUCUCCAGAAGUGUCCAGCAAGGCCUACUUAAUGUCAAUCUGCUGUAUGGUGAAUGAGAAAUUCAGAGAAAAUGUCCCAGCCUGGGAGACUUUUAAGAAGAAGCCAGAUCACUUCCCAUUCUUUUUUAAGUGCAUCUUGAAAGCGGCAUUAGCUGAAACUGAUGGUGAAUUUUCACUCCAUGAACAGACAGUCCUGUUGCUUUUUCUUGAUCACUGCUUCAAUAGUUUGGAAGUGGACCUGAUACGGAGUCAAGUACAGCAGCUUAUCUCCCUUCCAAUGUGGAUGGGCUUACAGUCGGCACGAUUGGACUUAGAAUUAAAAAAGACACCUAAACUAAGAAAAUUCUGGAAUUUAAUUAAAAAGAAUGAUGAAAAAAUGGAUCCAGAUGCACGGGAACAGGCCUAUCAAGAAAGAAGAUUUCUUUCACGACUUAUCCAGAAGUUUAUCUCUGUGCUGAAUUCAGUCCCACUUUCAGAGUCUGUCACUAUGGACAAGGUUCAUUACUGUGAAAGAUUCAUUGAACUCAUGAUUGAUCUAGAGGCCCUACUCCCCACAAGACGCUGGUUUAAUACCAUCCUAGAUGACUCCCAUCUUUUGGUUCACUGUUACCUUUCCAAUCUCGUUCAUAGGGAAGAGGAUGGCCAUCUUUUCUCCCAGCUUUUGGACAUGCUUAAAUUCUAUACUGGUUUUGAGAUUAAUGACCAGACUGGAAAUGCUCUGACAGAGAAUGAGAUGACCACAAUUCACUAUGAUAGAAUUACUUCUUUACAGAGAGCUGCUUUUGCACAUUUUCCUGAACUUUAUGACUUUGCCCUCUCAAAUGUGGCAGAAGUAGAUACUCGGGAAUCCUUGGUCAAGUUCUUUGGACCUCUUAGUUCAAAUACACUCCACCAGGUGGCAUCAUACCUCUGCUUGUUACCCACGCUCCCUAAAAAUGAAGAUACGACUUUUGAUAAGAAAUUUCUCCUAGAAUUGCUGGUAUCCCGUCAUGAACGUCGAAUUUCUCAAAUUCAGCAGUUAAACCAGAUGCCUUUAUAUCCAACUGAGAAAAUCAUAUGGGAUGAAAAUAUUGUCCCGACUGAGUACUAUUCUGGAGAAGGGUGUCUUGCUCUUCCCAAGUUGAAUUUGCAGUUUUUGACUCUUCAUGAUUACCUCCUAAGGAACUUCAAUCUCUUCCGCUUAGAAUCAACUUAUGAAAUUAGACAGGACAUCGAGGACAGUGUCAGCAGAAUGAAGCCAUGGCAGUCUGAGUAUGGUGGUGUAGUGUUUGGUGGGUGGGCACGAAUGGCCCAGCCCAUUGUGGCUUUCACCGUAGUUGAAGUGGCCAAACCCAACAUAGGCGAAAACUGGCCAACCCGAGUGCGUGCAGACGUGACCAUCAACCUGAAUGUCAGAGAUCACAUCAAAGAUGAAUGGGAAGGACUUCGUAAACACGAUGUAUGCUUUUUAAUUACCGUGCGUCCUACAAAACCUUACGGCACCAAGUUUGACCGAAGGAGACCGUUUAUUGAGCAGGUUGGCCUGGUUUAUGUCAGAGGCUGUGAAAUCCAGGGCAUGCUGGAUGAUAAAGGACGUGUCAUUGAAGAUGGACCUGAACCCAGACCCAAUCUUAGAGGAGAAUCGAGGACAUUUAGAGUGUUUUUGGAUCCAAAUCAGUAUCAACAAGAUAUGACCAAUACUAUACAAAGUGGAGCAGAAGAUGUAUAUGAAACUUUCAAUGUAAUAAUGAGGAGAAAACCAAAGGAAAAUAAUUUUAAGGCUGUGUUGGAAACCAUUCGGAACCUGAUGAAUACUGAUUGUGUGGUACCUGACUGGCUGCAUGACAUCAUUUUAGGUUAUGGGGAUCCAAGUAGUGCACAUUAUUCCAAAAUGCCCAAUCAGAUUGCCACCCUUGAUUUCAAUGAUACUUUUCUCUCCAUUGAACAUUUAAAAGCCAGCUUUCCCGGUCACAAUGUUAAAGUAACUGUGGAUGACCCUGCGCUACAGAUACCCCCUUUCAGGAUAACUUUUCCAGUAAGAAGUGGAAAGGGAAAGAAAAGGAAAGAUGCAGAUGGGGAAGAUGAAGAUGCAGAAGAGGCAAGAACCUUAAUUGUGGAACCUCAUGUUAUUCCUAAUAGGGGUCCUUAUCCUUACAACCAACCCAAACGUAAUACAAUUCAGUUCACUCAUACACAGAUAGAGGCCAUUCGUGCUGGAAUGCAGCCUGGACUAACUAUGGUUGUGGGCCCACCAGGUACUGGAAAAACAGAUGUGGCAGUCCAGAUAAUAUCUAACAUCUACCACAAUUUCCCAGAGCAGAGAACUCUGAUUGUUACUCAUUCCAAUCAGGCUCUGAACCAGUUGUUUGAGAAAAUCAUGGCUUUAGACAUUGAUGAGCGCCACCUCCUGCGUCUUGGUCAUGGGGAAGAAGAGCUGGAGACAGAGAAAGAUUUCAGCAGAUAUGGAAGAGUUAAUUAUGUUCUGGCUCGAAGAAUAGAACUUUUAGAAGAAGUUAAACGAUUGCAAAAGAGUCUUGGCGUUCCAGGUGAUGCUUCGUAUACUUGUGAAACUGCAGGAUAUUUCUUCUUAUACCAGGUAAUGUCUCGUUGGGAAGAGUAUAUCAGCAAAGUGAAAAAUAAAGGUAAUACAUUGCCAGACGUUACGGAAGUCUCCACUUUUUUCCCUUUUCAUGAAUAUUUUGCAAAUGCUCCUCAACCCAUUUUUAAAAGCCGAUCUUAUGAAGAAGACAUGGAAAUUGCUGAAGGCUGCUUUAGGCAUAUUAAGAAAAUCUUUACUCAACUUGAGGAAUUCAGGGCCUCUGAAUUGCUUCGAAGUGGACUGGACAGAUCUAAAUACCUUUUGGUGAAAGAAGCCAAAAUCAUUGCUAUGACUUGUACUCAUGCUGCCUUAAAACGACAUGACUUAGUCAAGUUAGGUUUCAAGUAUGACAAUAUCUUAAUGGAAGAGGCUGCUCAAAUUUUGGAGAUAGAAACAUUUAUACCUCUUCUUCUACAGAAUCCACAGGAUGGUUUUAGCCGACUUAAACGAUGGAUUAUGAUUGGUGAUCAUCAUCAGUUACCUCCAGUCAUUAAGAACAUGGCCUUUCAGAAAUAUUCUAACAUGGAACAGUCUCUAUUUACUCGCUUUGUCCGGGUAGGAGUUCCUACUGUAGACCUUGAUGCUCAAGGGAGAGCCAGAGCAAGCCUGUGCAACCUCUACAACUGGCGGUACAAGAAUCUAGGGAACUUGCCUCACGUGCAGCUUUUGCCGGAGUUCAGUACCGCAAAUGCUGGUUUGCUGUAUGAUUUCCAGCUCAUCAACGUUGAAGACUUUCAGGGAGUGGGAGAAUCAGAACCCAAUCCUUACUUUUAUCAGAAUCUUGGAGAGGCAGAAUAUGUGGUAGCACUUUUUAUGUACAUGUGCUUGCUUGGUUAUCCUGCUGACAAGAUCAGUAUUCUAACAACAUACAAUGGGCAAAAGCAUCUGAUUCGUGACAUCAUCAAUAGACGAUGUGGGAGCAAUCCUUUGAUUGGAAGACCAAAUAAGGUGACAACUGUUGACAGAUUUCAAGGUCAACAGAAUGAUUACAUUCUUCUGUCUCUAGUACGAACCAGGGCAGUAGGCCAUCUGAGGGAUGUUCGACGCUUGGUGGUGGCCAUGUCUAGAGCCAGACUUGGACUUUAUAUCUUUGCCAGAGUAUCCCUCUUCCAGAACUGUUUUGAACUAACUCCAGCUUUCAGCCAACUUACAGCCCGUCCCCUUCAUUUGCAUAUAAUUCCAACUGAACCUUUUCCAACCAGUAGAAAGAAUGGAGAGAGACCAUCUCAUGAAGUACAGAUAAUAAAGAAUAUGCCCCAGAUGGCAAACUUUGUAUACAACAUGUAUAUGCAUUUGAUUCAGACCACACAUCAUUAUCAUCAGACUUUAUUACAGCUCCCACCUGCUAUGGUAGAAGAAAGUGAAGAAGUUCAAAGUCAGGAAAUUGAAUUGGAAACGGAAGAAGAUUCCAUGGCUUCUCAAGCGGAUGUUCUACCCAGUGUAACAGAUGCAAGUUCCGGUCAGGAAACCUCAGCCCCUAAGACUGAGGCCACUCCUGGUCAGACAGGAGACUCUUCUGAUCCAGAAGCCACCCCUGCUCUCGCUGGGGUCCCUUCCACUGUGGCAAAACCUGGAGAUGAACCAGAGGAGUCCACAUCUGCCCCAGCUGAGACCAAGUAGCACCUACCAGGGAGGACAUUUUAUUUAUAAAACCUACAGAAAGUCACCUUGUUGUAUUUUACAUUCACCUCUGCCAUUUUAAUGGCGCUAUUUGUAUUCAUUCCUCAUUUUUGUAGCUAAUUUCAAUGUUUGUCUUCUUGGGUAUAUUAAAAUGUGGUUUUUGUAUAUAAACAGCUCCAGUUUUAUUUGUUUGGACAGAAGAAUAAGUGACCCUUCCUUUGGCAUUUUGAUCAACUGUUAUAGCUAUAAUGGUUCCUAAAUCAAAAGAAUUUUCUAUUGAAUAAAGCUUCAAACAUUUUUAGUGAAAUUCUUUUUUUUUGAAAAAGGAUUAAAUGUUAAAAUUAAGUGAUUCUAAGCAAGUAUCCAAAGCAAUUUCUUCUAUCAUAGUAUUGGAUAUUCAAAUCAUUCUGUUUUUAUCUCCCCCACCUUCCUUCACUGUCUUGCUUGAUAAAAGGCAUUGAUGCACCUAUUGGAUUGACUGUAUCUGAAGAACCUUUGAAGAGAAGAAUUAAGCAGGUGUUACACAGUCACUGUUUCUGCUUUUUUUUUUUCUUUUUGGGUCACACCUGGUCAUGCACAGGGGUUCCUCCUGGCUCUGCACUCAGAAAUUAGCCCUGGAGGUGCUCAGGGAACCAUAUGGAAUACUGGGAAUCGAACCCUGGUCGGCUGCAUGCCAGGCAAAGGCCUUAUCCGCUGUGCUAUCACUCCAGUCCCCUGUUUCUGCACUUUUAAAGAGGGGUGAAUUCAUAAGGAGAUUCAACCCAGAAAGUCAAGCCAAUAAUAUUUUUGAAUGAGUAGUAUGUGCUCAACUUUGUGAACAUGUAGUGGCCACGAAUCAGACUCUCACUUUGACAGAACACUUGUAUAACUGUGGAGUGAGGAAUGGUAAAUGAAGGUCAUGGGAUAACCAGGUGAAAUGCCAAGAAGAUGUAGUAGGAAACCAGAUCUGUGUGUUCCAAGAGUAAGAAUUGAUCCAGAUAGUCUAUUACAUAGUUAACCUGAUUAUAAGAACUUAAUAGCAAAUACUGUAGACAUCUAUAUGCAGAAAAGAAUUUUUCUUUGUAAAUAUAUAGCAUCAGACUAAGCAAAAAAGAGAGCUUUACUAUUUUCCUGGAAAAGAUUGACUUUUUUUUUUUUAGAGGAUCUGAAUCAAUACUUACAACCAAAUUUAGCAAACAUGGUCUGCUUUCUCAUUAAAUGAACCAUUUCCCAAACACUAUAUCACUCUGUGUUGCUAAGUAAUGGUGUUAUUUUCUUUGCUUUUUGAUUAUCUGUAUCUCAUUUAAUCUUCAAUUAAAUUUUAAAAAGAUAAUUUAGUUGGAAGAUGGAUAAGUCUUCUGCCUUUAUCAAAUAAAAAAAUGGGAGGAGGGGUGUUGUUCCACGUACAGAAGGCCAACUCAUAGCUCUGUGCUCAGGGUUCAGCCCAUAUGUGAUAUUCAGGAUUAAACCUGGGUUGGCCACUUGCACAGCAAGUGCCACAGCUGCUGUGGCCAAGGAUCAAUCCUGAUAGUGCUUCAGGAUCAUAGGUGGUGCAGGGAUUCAGAGUGAGACCAGUCACAUCUGAGGCAAGCACCUUACCCCUGUAUGGUCUUCAAAACCCUGUCAAAAUUUUUUAAAGGAAUGAUGGUGGUGGGAUCUGAAUUAUUUAAAACUUAAUUCACCGGAAUGAGUAGUGAGUCACAGUGGAUUAUUGAAUUUUUUUUUCUCAAAUGACCUCUAUUGAAAUAACAUUGCUUUAUAACAUCAUUUUUGAGUAUAUAUCACUGAAAACUAACGUGUUGAUUUCCAAAACAACAUUAAGGUCACCACUAAGAGCCCCAUUUUAAAGAAAGCUACAAACAGAAGUGUCACUAAUAAAGAAUUUGGUAGGUGAAAUUAAAAACUCAGUCAGUGCCCUCAAUAGUAGAAUGACAACAGCCAAAGACAGAAUCAGUGAGCUUGAAGAUGAGCUGCAGAAAGCAUUCAGGCAACAGCAUACAAUGAAUAAAGACUUCAAAAUAACUCAAGGUUGAAUAAAAGUCCCAUUUUAUCCUUCACCAUACAUCUUCCCUUGUCCCAAUUUACUCACCCUUCCCUUAUUGUUAGCCAUUAGUUGUUUUUAAAAGAUAAUUUUUGUUUCACUUAAUUCAUCUUAGUUUUCUGUAUAUGCCACAGCACUGCACUGUUGUCCUUUGUUCAUCGAUUUGCUCGAGCGGGCACCAGUAAAGUCUCCAUUGUAAGA